UCGGGUAUAUUAGGUGAUGACCUGCACUCUGGCAUGCACUAUAUUUUAAAAAUCUGAUCUUCGACGAGUUUUGAUCUUUUGUCACCAAGCGUUAACGAGUGUACAACAUGGCCGUCGUUACCGGUGCUGAAGUUAUCGCAAAAGCUUUGAAAGCACAAGGUGUUGGGUAUAUAUUCGGAGUAGCUGGACGAUAUACUUUGAAAAUAGCUURUGCUGCACAACAGAUAGGAAUAAAAUACAUAGGCACGAGAAAUGAGCAAUCGGCCUGUUAUGCUGCGUCAGCCAUGGGAUAUUUCACACAAAGACCUGGUGUUUGCCUUGUAAUUGCUGGUCCAGGCUUUUUGAAUACUAUUAGUGGAAUGGCCAAUUCGACUGCAAACUGCUGGCCAAUGAUUGUGCUUAGCCAUUCUGCCGGUGCCAAUGAAGAGCAUAUGGGAUCAUUYCAAGAAUAUGCACAGGUUGAAGCCGCAAAGCCUUACUGUAAGUUCUCAGCUAAAUCGACCAGUGUGUCCAAGAUAGGUUUUCUYAUGGAAAAGGCAUUCAGAACCAGUAUGUAUGGUCGACCAGGGGUUUGUUAUCUGGAUUUUCCUUCAAAUUUGAUCACAGAAAAAGUAGACGUCAAAUCUAGCUUCACUAGUGAUGCGCCAAAAUGUGAAAAUCCUCCCAGGAGUUUAGCUGACCCYAAUAACGUAUCUCAAGCAGUGGACACAAUACUGGAAGCAAAGAAACCUUUGAUAAUCAUUGGAAAAGGUGCAGGUUAUGCAUUUGCCGAGGGUCAAAUAUUAGAUCUAGUGAACAACACUAACAUUCCAUUCCUCACCACCCCUAUGGGGAAAGGAGUUGUGCCUGACGACCACCCCCAGUGUGUAACUGCUGCAAGAGAACAGGCUUUACUUGAUGCCGAUGUAAUUCUUCUACUUGGUGCGAGGCUGAAUUGGAUCCUUGAUUAUGGAAAACCUCCAACGUUUUCAGAAAAUGUCAAAAUCAUUCAGGUAGAUAUUUGUGCUGAGGAACUGGGCAAUAAUGUACGACCUAAGGUUUCUUUGCUUGGAGACCUGGCACUAGUAGUUGAUCAGCUAACCAGUGAAAUAUCGAGGCGUUCCCAUGACAAUCCAGAGAAGCAGAGAUGUGGAUCACGUGACUGGCUAAGGCAAUUACAAACUGAAGCAAGCAAAAAUAUUGGUCAUACAGAGCAACUGGUACGCGAAGAAUCAUUUCCUAUGAGUUACUAYCAAGUGUACGGUCAGAUAAGAGAACUUUUGCCAAGAGAUUGUGUUGUCAUUAACGAAGCAACUCUUGGAAGUGUUCGGGUAUGCCGAACAGUAAUACCAAGUUUCUUACCUAGACAAAGGUUUGACCUUGGGUCGUUUGUAACUGUAGGAGCUGGGAUAGGUUUUUCUAUUGCAGCUGCAUUGGUUGCAGAAAACGAGGCAAAACAUGGUGAUUCAGUUCGAAGAGUAGUGUGUAUACAAGGUGACAGUUCGUUUGGAUUUUAUGGGAUGGACGUAGAGACAGCUGUAAGAUACAACUUACCAAUUGUAUUUAUUGUCAUCAACAACAACGCAAUUGGSUACGGGUUUUCUGAAAACGACUGGAAGGGMAUARAAGAUCCUGGCUUACAAUUACCUUCAACAGCGCUGUGUCCUAAUGUAAGAUACGAAAAAAUCAUCGAGGCCUUUGGCUGCAAAGGUUUCUUUGUAGAAACCAAGAUACAAUUCCAAGAUGCACUAACUAAGGCAUUUGACGAAAUUAAAAACAAGAAAAAACCAGUUUUGAUAAAUGUGAUGAUAGACCUGACAUUUGAAAACGUUCUGGCUUGAACUACUGCACUUCAAGAAUGCUUACUGUCAAGAUUAAAUACAAAUGUACAGUGAAUUGUUAAUCAUAACUAAUUGCACGCAGUCAUCAGUAUCAUCCAUGAUGUCCUUAAAGGAAA